AAGGGGCUGUGCCAAGGGACCGAGAAGGUGGAGCUAAGAGUGAUCAAGAGAAAUCUGAGAGGGCCUCCAGCUAACUGGGCUUCAAGUGAUACCUGUACUGUUGAUGAAUUAACCAGGUUCUGGCUGCUGUUGUCCUGCACUGCAAGUAACUUUCAACAUUCCCCUGAAACUCUCCUGCCCACGUUAGGCACAUGGAGCUGAAGGAGACCAACCGUGAUCCCUCAGGAGUGCACAAUUUGGCCUUCCAGAAUGACAGUGGAAGUGUGGAUGCUACAAAUCUGGAAGGCCUCGGAGACAGUUCGCAGAAAAUCAAGAAUUCACAAAAUAAGAGAACAGGGCACACUGAUCAGGGGGAUGAAUACAUCAAUAUUGAGAGUGAUCUGCUGGAAAACAAAUGUGCCUCAGUAGAUGAUGAGCAACCACGCUUGAAAGGGCAUUUAGAAAAGAACUAUGAUAAAAUCUGUGAAUUUUACAAGGAACAUAAAAUUAGAAUUCACUAUGUGAUCUGUGGAAUUUUAAUGACAGCAUACUUGGCAGUAGUUAUUGCAGCCUGCAGCUUGAAUUUUCAGAGAGCCUUGCCACUCUUUAUCAUCACUGUCAUGGUCACAUUCUUCAUCUGCUGGGAUAUUUUAAUAGCUAAGUAUGAAGACAAAAUUACUGCAUUCUUUUCCCCUGGAGAAAGAUAUCUGAAAAAACAGUGGUUUUGGCUGAAAUGGGUGUUGUGUGCAGCUCUUAUUAUAACUAUCAUCUGCUGGCUCAUCUUUGACACAAUGGAACAGGGAUCCCGCCAGCUAAUCUCCUUUGGUGGGCUUGUGAUGUAUGUUCUCCUGAUGCUUAUCUUUUCCAAAUAUCCAGCCAGAGUUGCUUGGAGACCAGUACUUUCAGGAAUAGGAAUGCAGUUUAUUCUUGGGCUUCUUAUUCUGAGGACCAAAGUGGGUUUUGAUGUAUUUAACUGGCUAGGCAUUCAGAUCCAGACUUUUCUGGAGUACUCUGACACAGGUGCCAAGUUUGUGUUUGGUGAAAAAUACAAGGAUCAUUUCUUCGCUUUUAAGGUACUGCCAAUUGUGGUUUUCUUCAGCACAGUAAUGAAUAUUCUUUACCAUGUUGGAUUUAUGCAGUGGCUCAUUGGAAAGGUUGGUUGGAUAAUGCACAUUUUCAUGGGGACAACUCCUAUUGAAUCUCUGGUAGCUGCAGGUAACAUAUUUGUGGGACAGACAGAAUCUCCUCUCCUGGUGAGGCCCUACUUACCAUACAUCACCAAAUCUGAACUCCAUGCAGUCAUGACAGCAGGAUUCUCAACUAUUGCGGGAAGUGUCUUAGGAGCAUAUAUUUCUUUUGGGAUUUCCUCCUCCCACCUACUGACUGCUUCUGUCAUGUCAGCACCGGCAUCAUUAGCCACCUCCAAACUAUUCUGGCCUGAAACUGAAAAGCCUCUGGUAACUCUGAGAAGUAGCCUACAAAUGGUAAAAUGUGAGUCAAGGAGUCUUCUGGAAGCAGCCAGUCAGGGUGCCUCUACCUCCAUCACACUGGUAGCAAACAUCGCCGUGAAUCUGAUCUCCUUCCUUGCCUUGCUGACUUUUCUUGACUCAUCCCUUUCGUGGCUGGGCAGCUUGUUUGACUACCCACAGUUGAGCUUUGAGACUAUUUGUGCUUAUGUCUUCAUGCCAUUCUCUUUCAUGAUGGGAGUAGACUGGGAAGAUAGUUUUAUUGUUGGUGGCCUACUAGGUUACAAAACUUUCUUCAAUGAAUUUUUGGCUUACGAGCGUCUUUCAAAACUGAUUGACAACCGAGAAAAGGGUGGAAGCAUGUACAUUAAUGGUGUGAAACAGUAUAUGACAGUUCGCUCUGAAGUCAUUGCCACCUAUGCUCUUUGUGGCUUUGCCAACUUCGGCUCCCUGGGACUGGUAAUAGGAGGCUUGACAAGCAUUGCUCCCUCAAAAAGGAAGGAAAUAGCUGAUGGUGCUCUCAGAGCAAUGAUUGCGGGAACUGUCGCCUGUUUCAUGACAGCCUGUGUUGCAGGAAUGCUGACUGUCCCUGAUCUGGAAGUUCCUUGCCACAUCUUAUUAGGAAAUGCCUCCAGCUUCACAGAUUUCCCUGCCAAGAACAUAAAGCUAGCUGAAUGCUGCCAGCGUCUCUUCACCAGUGCAGAUCAUUCAGAGAAGAUCUUUCCUGAGGGAAACUACAGUUUGAGUUCCUGGAAAGUAUGUUGCCAAAUACUGGGUCGACCCGCUGUUCAUUGUACUUAGACUAAGUUCUAAUUUUUUGCGGGGGAUAGAUUAUAAAUAAGAGUUGUGUUCCUCAGAAGAAGGGAAAUAAAAAAUUGCCUUUGUAACAAUAAGUGUGAAUUUCCCCCAUGCAAUCUUUAUUUCCCAUCUCUUACCAGCCCAGUUCCUCUGACUUGCUUGGUAUUAGUCAUGAAUGAAACUGGGAUAAAUGCAAGACAUCUCUUGCUGCAAAUCUCUUCUUCCAUUACAAAUCAAAAUAGAAGA